AUGACAUAUCAAAUUAAAGUACUUGUAUUUUUGAAACAUUGCGAUAGCAUUGUUGUUGGUAAUAUAUUUUCUUGUGCAUCAUCGAAUUAUGAUCAUACACAGUGUUGUUUGGCUAAUGGAGUAAGUGGAAAAUGUCUGGAAUAUUGCUCAGCUCAUGAUGGUGUACCUCCAAAUUAUUUGGAUUAUUUAGCAUGCCUAGAAUACUUUGAUACUAUCAAACAAUGCUUUAAAAAUUAUCUGGAAAAAAAUCCUGCUAUUAAGCCUUAA